GUGUGCGAAAGCGUGCCUGGUUCGACGCAAUGGGCAUUUUGCGAAGCUGACCUUUUUUGCUGAAUGAGAGGUUCUUUGCAGACGACAGGCAUUUGAUGGGUCAUCAUCGAUGCGCUGUCUCCAAGGUUUUGGCAUGCAUCCUACGUAGGUACCUGGGAGAAAAAAAGUCGCCGACUCGUUCUUCCCAUUGUUUAUUUUCCCCCCGCAUAGUUCGGCUCUUUGAGUUUACCAAGUCCUUAAUGCGAUCGCCUAGCGAUCCUGGACUGUUGCAUGCUAAGGCUACAUCCGCGGACCUUAACACAUUCCCACAAUCAGCAGAGGCACCUGAUCUACAGGGCGCAUGUUGCUCGAUCUUGGUACGAACGGCUGAGAGACAUACUUCGUACGAUGACUGCACGCGUUUCUUUUUUGGCGAUAUGUCAAUUGACGUUUACCCCGUAGUCUAACUUUUUUUCCUUUUUCUUUUUAGUCAUUUAUUAACACGAUGAAAAUGGUCAGCCAGCAAUUUCCCGCCAACUGUUCUAGACCGACGACAUCAAACACCCAUGCCCAAACAAGAUUUCUUUGACUGGAAAACAAAUCACUGCAGAUUCAUUCUGUUUUGAACAUCUCGCCAAGCAUCAUGAUAUAGGUACGAUGCGCCCAGGAGGAUGUCAGACGACGAAUUUUUCGGCGACUGCUUACCUACACAAUACCUCCGUUCCUUGCCUGAGCAACGCCGGUUGCUACUAAGGAUUACUAGGAAUAGUAGUCCACUCUGAGCCCCAUCUUAAGUUUCCCACCCAAAACAUGACGUACUUGCCUUGACUCUGCCGGAUCCUGAGCUGCAAUUUUAGCUAGGCCAGAUAGCGCUAUAUACAUUAAUUUUGAUAUACCAAUCUGAGGGAUACCGUACUUUAGAAGAAAUUUUUGUUACCCAUUCACCCUACAAUAGAUUCACGCAAACUGCGGUGUCGAUCAGGCUGGCUGGUCUCUGGAGUCAUCGUCACCACCAAACCCCGCCAUCAUGGCCAUCAAAGACAUACCGAAACUGAAUCGCAACAGCAUCCGAACCCUCCGCCAUGAUCCCUUAUCCGAAAUAUCUGGCGCCCUUGGCGACCUUGGCACUCUGCUUCCCCUGAUGAUAGCGCUCGCUCUACAGUCAUCCAUAUCCCUGUCGACCACGCUUGUCUUUUCCGGCAUCUUCAAUGUCUUGACGGGUAUCGUUUUUGGGAUUCCGCUUCCCGUUCAGCCGAUGAAGGCCAUUGCAGCCGCAGCGAUCGCAGAGCAUACCAGCCUCAGGCAAACAGUCGCAGCCGGCGGUCUGGUCUCUGCUGCGGUGCUGAUAUUGUCGGCUACGGGAUUACUGAGGCGGGCCACCAGGCUCAUACCCGUACCCGUGGCCAAGGGAAUCCAGUUCGGUGCCGGGCUAAGUCUGGUCAUAUCAGCUGGUUCGUCACUGUUGCAGCCGCUGCACUGGCUCCAUCCUAUACUCGACAACCGUCUCUGGGCGUUUGGGGCCUUGGUGGGUCUGGUUGUGACACAUCGCUUCCGCCGCGUCCCGUAUGCGCUCAUCGUCUUCAUUCUCGGUACCGCCUUCGCCGCAGUGGCCGUCGCUACCUCGGGUCGGAACCUCCGCCUACCCGGGGUCGCUCCCUGGGUUCCCUUUCUCGUCCUGCCAGCUUGGACCAGCCCCGUGGCGAUAUCGAUGGCAGUGGCGCAACUGCCUUUGACAACGCUCAACUCGGUCAUCGCAGUCUCGGCCCUGUCCGCCGAUCUGCUACCAAACCUACCGACACCGACGGUCACCGAGAUGGGAUUGAGCGUGGCGUCCAUGAACUUGAUUGGAUGCUGGUUCGGCGCAAUGCCAGUCUGUCACGGUGCAGGUGGUCUUGCCGCCCAGCAUCGGUUCGGUGCACGAUCAGGCGCCAGCAUCAUCAUCUUGGGUAUCUUCAAGAUACUGCUGGGUCUGAUCCUGGGCGAGACGCUGCUCGAUUUGCUCGACCGCUUUCCCCACGCCCUUCUCGGCAUCAUGGUUCUGGCGUCCGGUCUGGAGCUCGCGGGAGUGGGACAGAGUCUAAACCACGGAGCGGCGGAUCUGUGGGAGUCUUCGAUGGAGGGCAAUGCUCCUGAGGCUCUGUCUACGCGCAUUCACCGGUCCCUUUCCGAAGAGGAGCGCGCGGAGCGCUGGUCCGUUAUGCUCAUCACCACGGCGGGUAUCCUGGCCUUCAAGAACGACGCUGUUGGGUUUGCGGCGGGCAUGUUGUCACACUGGACUUAUAGAGCUGCACAGCACUGGGGGAGAGGCACUGGUGAAAGACAGCCGCUGAUAUCCCGGCCCUUUCACUAGUGGCAGCCAAUGGUCCAUGGCUGGCCAGGGCUUUUUGGUGAGUAAAUGUUCUUGAUACAAGUAGAAAGUACAAAUGAAGUAAUCAUAUGUCGUUGCAACAAGUUCAUGCGGUCCAAGUGCUUAUAUCUCAUGCCAAAUAUCC